AUGAAGGUCUUCGGAAUUAUUAUGUUGUGCAUCAUCAUUUCCUUGACCAGUACUAAUGUCUCCGGGAACCAAUGCCAAAUCAAAGGCAACGUUCAUCAGGUUACUACAGACAGGCGAUUGCAUUUUUCGUGGCGAGAUUACCCGGAUCGCGACUUCAGUUGGACCCAAGGACGCAAAUAUUGCAAAGAACGUUGUAUGGACCUGGUCAGCAUCGACACGUAUGAACAAUGGAGAACUGUGAGGAACACUCUCCAAGAUGAGAACGUCAAAUUUAUCUGGACUGGAGGUCGGAAGUGCAACUAUCGUGGAUGUGACCAGCCCCGAUUUCAACCCACCAUCGAGAACGGCUGGUUUUGGGUGAGCUCGAAGAAGCCCAUUCCGAAUCCCUUCGAUCGUAGUGCUUGUACGUUUUGCGAAUGGGGACCACGUGGUGGACUGUCUAAACCGCAGCCGGAUAAUCGAGAACUGUACACCAAAGGUCGAGAUGAGGCCUGUGUGGCUGUGCUGAAUGACCUGUACAAGGAUGGGAUUAAAUGGCACGACAUUGCUUGCCAUCACAAGAAGUUCAUCAUUUGUGAACAAUUUGAUUAA